GUGAGGGGGCGGACCGACUCAAGGGUUGGAUAUGCAAAGAUGGUAUCAAAACCGACGGUUACCGAGCAUGGUCCAAAGUUGGCGCUAGAUGCAUGUCAGCCGCUGCUGGUGUUUGCAGUCGUUAGUGACGAAUGUAUAGUAAUCCUACUUACGACUCCAAGGGGCCGUGUUGCCGAACGAUGGUCGGGGUAG